UAAAGAAUUUAAAAUGAAAAUAAUCAUUUUUAUUGCAUCGAUUUUAAAUGUUUUAAUUUUAUUUGGAGAUUGCAAUCUUUUUUCAAGUUUUGACGAAGAAUUUGUGAGUAAAUGUUUCUUACACCUGGUAUGCAAAUUAAAUGACACUGAAGAAAUAUACCAAAUUUUGGAUGGCUUUUCAGACCCGAUAAAGACGAAAGCCUGGGAGCUUAUACAUCAAAUCACUGGUAUGGAAUGCUAUCAUUCUCCAGAACAAUUUGAAAAAGUGAGAGUAAUCGCAUGUGACUAUACAGAUGAAAAAAAAAAAUCGUGUUUCUAUGAAUUUUUCUCCGCAGGCUGUGAGUAUGUUAUGGAAUCUUGCAUAAAUCCUUUUGCAGCACUAUGCCGGGAAUUAGAUGAUACAAUGAUGAAAAUAAGUAGCUUCAUAAAAGAAGUCGAGGAAGAUGGAAGAUGUGAGGAAUUUAAGACUACAAGAAACAAACCUAAGCAAAAAAGCAUUUUUGGUUGACGAUUAUCUUGAAAAUUCCUGAAAAUGAAGAAUACAGACAUUUU